GACCGAUUCGACUCAACCACCCAACGCCAAUCGACAACAUCUCGUCCCAACCGGUCGCGCAUCUAUAACGUUCAAGAUGCGUACCUACGACGAUUCUUUCAGCGGUCAGAAGAUCUACCCUGGAAAGGGUAAGCUGUACGUCCGCGGUGACAGCAAGAUCUUCCGCUUCCAGAAUGGAAAGUCCGAGUCCCUCUUCCUCCAGCGCAAGAACCCUCGCCGGAUAGCUUGGACUGUCCUUUACCGUCGCCAGCACAAGAAGGGUAUCUCUGAGGAGGUUGCCAAGAAGCGUACCCGCCGUGUCGUCAAGUCCCAGCGUGCCAUCGUCGGUGCUUCCCUCGACGUGAUCAAGGAGCGCCGCUCCCAGCGCCCCGAGGCCCGUGCCGCCGCCCGCCAGCAGGCCAUCAAGGACGCCAAGGAGAAGAAGGCUGCCGCUGAGUCCAAGAAGAAGGCUGAGAAGGCUAAGAACGCCGCUGCUGGUGCCAAGGGUGCUGCUCAGCGCAUCCAGAGCAAGCAGGGUGCUAAGGGUUCUGCUCCCAAGGUCGCUGCCAAGUCUCGUUAAGGAAUGAAUAACGGUUCGGCUUGGGAUUGGGUGCGGAAGGCAAGAGUUUCAUGGACGAAUUUUGGGAGGUUACUGGAGCUGGAAUAUGUGUUUUCCCUACCACCAAAAAUGAAAUGUUCCAAAACUAUCGGCGUGCAAGACGGCCUCUUACGGGUUUAACGGCUCUCAGAUAAGCUCUAUCAAUCGCGCCACGGAUGCAUGAAUGAAGAUCCAG